CAAGUCGUGUGUCAUCGUGCGUUGCAGAUGAAAAGUGUAGUAUAUUUGUAACGCUUUUAUUUUACAUGUUGUAUAUUAAUGAAAAACUUUUUAUACAAAUUUUAACGACAGGUGAGGAUUUCAGAAAAUGAUAACAUGAGUGCCUCAAAAGAAAAAAUGAUAUUAUUCGUGAACGAACAAUAUUAAAAAUACUGUGAGGUUUUGAUAUGGCGUUUUUAUAUUAAAUUUCAACCAAGAUGGAUUUAUUUGCAGUAUUACAUCCGAAAAUUAAAAUGCUGUAUAUUUCUGCAUUUUGAAGCACAGUGGCGACAUAUCAUGGCGGCGAAAUUUUCUUAAGCUGAAGUUGUGUAUCUCGAUUAUUUUCAUACUUAAUACGUACGCCUUUCUUUGUAAAGUAACAUACUUAGUAAAUUAAUAUAUUGUGUAUGAAAUUCUUUUCAUAAAAUUUUUGUUUACAUCUUGAUUUUGUGCAGUCAAGUGAUUUAAUUACAUUGUAUUAGUUGGACAACAUAUAGCUAAUUUCUCCUAUGUAUAUCCUGUAUAUCUCCUUUAUAAUGACAUUAUGACUUAGAUGUGAAUUUAUGAUACAUCAAUCUUGUAUUAAUAUAAAAUAUUGGUAUAUUUUUGUUUGUAUACAUGUUUAUGUUGCUUAUUUUAUAAGAUUGUUCAAGAUGAACAAGCGCCGUAGAACAUCUUCAGUUGCAAGUCGAGGAACAGAAGAUGAUGCUGAUGAUAUACCACCUGAACCAACAAAAAGACGAAAAAAAUUAGAUCCUAGUGACUUGUGCCAACAAUUAUAUGAUGUACUACGUAAUCAAAAAAGAGAAGAUGGAACAUUAUUAUGUGAUGCAUUUAUACGUGUGCCUAAACGUAGACAAGAACCAGGUUAUUAUGAUGUUGUAACAAAUCCUAUAGAUCUAUUAAAAGUUCAACAAAAGCUAAGAACAGAUGAAUAUAGGGAUAUGGAUGAUUUAGCAGCUGAUAUUCAACUUAUGGUUAACAAUGCAAAAGCCUUUUAUAUGCGUACAUCUCCUGAAUAUAAAGAUGCUACUGAACUUUGGGAAUUAUGUAUAAAUACAAAAAAUCGUAUUAUGGAAGAAUACGAAGAUCCAGAACCUAAAGGAAAACUUAUUUUAAAAGUGGGACGAUUAGCUCGGAAAGCUACAACAAAACAAGAAGAUGCAGAAGAUACAUCAGAAAGUUCUACAAAUCCUGAUGAAGAAACAAUGCAACAAUUUGAAGAUUUAUUUGCAGCAAUUAUGACAGCAACAGAUCCAGCUGAUAAUAAUAGACCAUUACAUACAAUGUUUCAACUUAAGCCAUCUAAAAAAUUAUAUCCAGAAUAUUAUGAUGUAAUUGAAACACCAGUAGAUUUAAAAACAGUUGCAAGAAAAAUUCAAGAAGGAGUCUAUAAUAGCAUUACAGAUAUGGAAAAAGAUUUAAUGCUAAUGUGCCGUAAUGCUUGCCAAUUUAAUGAACCUGGUUCUCAAAUUUAUAAAGAUGCAAAACUUUUAAAAAAAAUUAUUACUGCAGCAGCAAGAAAACAAGAUAUUGGAUUAAGCAGCGCAGUUCCAAAAAUUGCAACAACUGCACCAUCAACACGAAGUAAAAGAGGAAGUCGUACUAUGGCGCAAUCUUUAAUAGCUCAAACUGCAACAUUGCCAGAUGAAGAUGAAGAAAGUGAUGAUGAAGAAGAAGAACCUGCAGAAACUGAAGAAGCUGAUAACCCACAAUGGCAAUUAUUUCAGACUAUUAGAACAGCUCCUAAUAAUCAAGGAGUUAGAAUGAGCGAAUAUUUUUGGAAACUACCAUCAAAAAGAUUGUAUCCUGAUUACUAUAAAACUAUUAAAAAUCCUAUUUCUUUAUUACAAAUUCGUACCAAGAUAAAGAAAGGCGAAUAUGGUACUGUAAGCGAAGUAGCUGGUGAUAUGAAUAUAAUGUUUGAAAAUGCAAAAAAAUAUAAUAUUCAUACAUCUAGAUUAUAUAAGUGUGCUGUGAAAUUACAAAAAAUUAUGCAAGAAAAAGUACAGGAACUAUUAGAAUUUGAUCAGGAUUCAGACUCGGAUAGUGAAUUUGAAAAUAGCUCUCAUCAACCUAAACUUAUUAAACGUGCUUCAAAUCUGUUAACACGUGGAAAAUAUAAAGACAAUAUACCAUUGAAAAAAAGAUUGUAUGCACUAGUUAAAUGUGUUAUAGAAUACGUUUGUGAAGAUGGUCGACAACCAAUGUUAAUGUUUAUGGAGAAACCUUCUAAAAAGUUGUACCCAGAUUAUUAUCAAGUAAUAGCAGAACCAAUUGACAUGUUAGCUAUUGAAGCUAAUAUUAAAGCAGAAAAAUAUCAAAGUGAAAAUGAAUUAAUACAAGAUUUUAAGUUAAUGUUUAAUAACUGUCGUCAAUAUAAUGAAGAAGGUUCUUUAAUAUAUGAAGAUGCAAAUACUCUUGAAAGAGUUUUAAUGGAUAAAGUAAAAGAAUUAGGUCCUUUACCUGAAACAGGUAAACCUACAAAAUCAAGUGCAUCUACUCCUACUAGAAAUGUUGGGAGACCUAAAAAAGUUGUACCAUUACAUUUACAAAAAUUAAAAACUAUGUAUGAUACUAUAAAAGAUUAUCAUGAUGGAAAAGGAAGACAAUUAUCUUUAAUUUUUAUGAAAUUACCAAAUAAAAAUGAAUAUCCUGAUUAUUAUGAAGUUAUUAAGCAACCAAUGAAUAUGGAGAAAAUAGCGUCCACUUUAAAAAAUAAUGGAUAUGAAAAUUUGGAUGAACUUGUAUCAGAUUUUAUACUAAUGUUUGAUAAUGCUUGCAAGUAUAAUGAACCCGAUUCACAAAUAUAUAAGGCAUUAAAAGUUCGACCUUGUUUUAUUCGUUUAAUGAGAGAUAAGGAAGUAGAUCAACGUUUAUCAAAAAAAUGCAAGAAGAAUGAAACAGAAGAUGCUUUAAUUUUACAAAGAUUAGUUCUCCAAACAAAAUUACAAUUAAGUGAAGAUGAAGAAAGUGUACCAGAUGUAUCGGCCGCAAUUCAAGAAAUAUUAGCAACAAUUUUUACUGCUCUUUAUAAUCAUCAAGAUGAAGAAGGUAGAUGUUAUUCAGAUUCAAUGGCAGAACUUCCAGAACAUGAUAUCAUUGAUGGGAAAAAAAUACGAGGAUUAUCAUUAGAUUUAAUUAAAAGAAGAUUAGAUCGUGGAGUAUAUAAACGAUUGGAUCGUUUUCAAGAAGAUGUAUUUACAUGUUUAGAAAGAGCUAGAAGAUUAUCACGUACAGAUUCGCAACCUUUUGAAGAUAGUGUAGAAUUACAAGCAUUUUUUUUACGUACUCGUGAUGAAGUAACUCGAGGAGGAGAUUUAUUACAUUCACCAGCUCUUAAUUAUACACUUCUUGAUCUUUCUGCUCAAGUUGCAGAAUUAAAACGUGUGAAAUUACAACAAGAAUUAUCAUUACCUAAUGAAGAUGAAAGUUGUGAUGGAAAUGAAACAAAAGAUUCUGAAACAAAUACUAAUACAGAAGGAAGUAAUAGUGAUAGUGGUGGAUCUAUGAGUUUUAAUCAAGAAAUAUAUAGAGCUGGAGAUUUUGCAUAUAUAGAACCUACAGAACGAGGCAUGGAAUAUAGUGUAGUUCUUAUAGAACGUUUAUGGACAAAUGCAGAAGGUCAACAAAUGUUAUAUGGCAAUUUAUUUUAUAGACCAAGUGAAACUUAUCAUGUAGCAUCUAGAAAAUUUCUUGAUAAGGAGUUAUUUAAAAGUGAUGCUCAUGUAGCUAUACCUUUGGCUAAAGUAGCUGGAAGAUGUUGUGUCUUAAGUGUAAAGGAUUAUUUUAGAAUGCAACCUGAAGGUUUUUUAGAAAAAGAUGUUUAUGUAUGUGAAUCACGAUAUUCUACAAAAGCAAGAGCUUUUAAAAAAAUCAAAGUUUGGAAUUUUGAUCCAGAUCAUUUAAAAUUAAUUCCAAGAGAUAAACCAUUAGAACCAAAGCGAGUGAUAUCAGUAUAUAAGGAAAGAUUAGAAAAGCAUAAAGAAGAAAUUGCUGAGUUAGAAGAAGGAGAAAAAUUAACAGAAAAAGAAAGACCUAAUGUAAUAUUGUAUAACUCAGAUGAUACAGAAAAUACUUAUUACGAGCAAUACAAUACGUGUGCAGGUUCUGUAAAAACUGGAGACUUUGUUUAUGUUGCAACAGAUGGAGGUAGACAACAAAUUGCGCAAAUUGAUGCUAUAUGGUCAACAAAAGAUGGAAAAUGUUAUUUUAAGGGCCCAUGGCUAUUGAUGCCUGCAGAAGUGCCACAUACUCCUACUAAAUUAUUUUAUAAACAAGAAUUAUUUCUAUCAACAGUUGAUGGCACUCAUCCUAUUGUGGCUAUUGUUGGAAAAUGUGCUGUUCUUGACUAUGGAGAAUAUAUUUGUAGCCGACCAACAGAAAUUCCAGAAGAUGAUGUAUAUAUUUGUGAAUCAUUAUAUGAUGAAAGUAAAAGUCUCAUGAAAAAACUCGGUCAAGAAGGUCUAAAAAAAUUUAAUCAUAAUUCAGCAGUAACUGAAGAUGAAAUUUACUUCUUCCGAAGACCUAUUAAUCCAGCUAAGGUUCCGGGCGAUGUGGCUCAAACGCAAAAUCAAAUCAAGUCUGUUACUUCUAGUUCAACUCAAUUUGAAAUGGAAGCAUCACCAUUGUUACCGAAGCUGGAACCCGAUGUACUAGGCAUGGGAGUAGGAUUAGGAGUGGGAGUAGGAGUAGGAGUUGGGGAGGACAGCAUGGACGCUGGUGGUCCACCGUCCGUUGGAUCUGCAGAAGCUCAACCGGUGCUCUCCAAUACUCAAACACCUGUAUCAACUAAAAAGAAAACGGCGGGUAAGAAAUUAGUUACGGGCUAUAUUUUAUAUUCGAGUAAAAUGCGAACGCAGAUUACACAAAACAAUCCUGAAUCAUCCUUUGGGGAGAUUAGCAGAAUUGUUGGCAAUGAGUGGAGGAAAUUGCCAGCAGGAGAGAAACAAGCUUGGGAAGAAAGAGCAAUUAAAAUGAAUGAAGAUGGAGGACAACUUAAAGGAAAUAAUGUUUCAGUAGGCACUAAUGCUUUGCAAGAUGUAGUUUAUGAAUGUUGUUGGGAUAAUUGUGAUUGGCAAUUUGAAGAUAUGACUGAUUGUAUUGAUCAUUGUAUUGCAGAACAAAAUGGACAUGUUCAAUCAUCCUUUAUUAAUGCUGCAAGCGAUGUGGAAUUUCAAUGUCAAUGGCGUGGUUGUGGCCGCACAAAAAAAUCUGUACCUCCUUUUCCAAGUGUACAAAGACUCGCAAGGCAUGUUAAGGAAGUACAUAUCCUUAAAUCAAAUGGACGUAUAAUACCUCCUUCGGAAAGAAGCAAAAAUUAUAUGGCAUCAAAAGGUCCAACGGUAUUGCCACCUAUGGAAACAGAAACAUCGGCAGCUGCGACACAAACAAGCAAUAUUCCUGCUACCAAACAACCAGAACCUAUGUUUGUCGCUGUUCCUCCACGACCAAGUCGAGUUUUACAUUCAGAUGCCUAUUUACGGUAUAUUGAAGCAUUAAAUGUAGAAAAUCGGUACAUAUCAAAUUGGGACAAACAAAUGAAUGCUAAUCCUGAUAAUACACAAAUUCCUGAUGUAACGAAAUUACCGGCUGAAUGGUUAGGCAAUGGUGUAGGCAACCACGGAAAUGUGGUAAAUGCUUUAUGGACGCUCAGGAAUAUGAUGAUGCGAGAUGUGUUAGCCAUCAAUAAAACUUUAUAGUUUAUAAUUCGUUAAGACUUAUAAUCUUUACUAUUCGAUGCUACCUUAAAACUACAAUUUUCAGGUCCGUCGAUGCUAGAUGAAAGACUGAAGAUUUAUUAUUUUGAAUGAGUAUAUUUAUAUUUUUAGAUUUUUUUUUAUUUUACAAUUCUAAUUAGUACUUCAAAUAUAACUUAAUUAUAAUACAUAUUUUUAGUCAUUUUCAAUUUAUAAUAAGAGAUUAAUUAAAAGAUUUUCUUAUCAUAAGAUUUUCAAUAACAAAUGCAAGAUCUGCAAAUAUAUUUAUCAGAAACAAUUCAGAUUAGUAAAACAUUAAUUUCUUCAUUAAAUAAAAUACAUACUAUAAGCAUUAUUUUCGAUACGUCUAUGGAUCUGUUAGGAGUAGGACAAAAAUAUUACACUGUAAGAAUCAUCACUUUGUAAAUAUUUCGCUAUUUUUAAUUUUAACUUUUCAUAACGAAAAUUUUGUAUUUUGUAUCGCGCAUCAUGAAAUUUGAAAUUUCUUGUAUUCAUACUGUAAAAUGAAACUGUACUGUAAAUAUUAAAUAAUGCACUUCAAAAAACAAUUUAAUAUAAAUAAUAC